GUACAGUUUUUAUAUUUGUAUUUUAUAUAUUUUAAACCAGAUUUGUUGUCAUAGUUUUAGCUUAAUACUUUUAAUUGUCAUUCUUAUUAUAUGUUUUCUUAACUUUUGUAAACCACUUUGGGAUUGUUUUUAAUGAAAGGCGGUAUAUAAAUUUAAUAAACUUAUAUUCUCUUCUUUAUAGAAUACAGAAUUUAAUCACUAAAAUUUAACUAUAGUUUUUUAGCCUGGUGUGUGGAGUUCACACCAUAGAAUAUUGGGGAUUUCUGUCUCUGCGCUUGAAUUACUUGCAUUAUUUCUAUUUUGUAUGUCAUAGUUGGAUCAGUUCUCUCCUCCUUAGAGUGCCUGACAGAAGGAUGAUCAACUAGGUUGAGGCAGGGUUUUUUUUUGUCUUUUGUUUUUCUCUAGGGUUAGGGUUCAAGAUUCUUUUAUUGAUAGCUUCUGACACCCAGUUAAAGAUUUUCUAUUAAUACUACUGUAUUUUUCUUAUGUCUUGGUUCUGAUGGAUAAGACCUUGUACAGUAUGUUAACUCGUUUUGUUGGAUUCUCAGAGAUGUAACCUUUCAGUUUCUAUAUAUAACACUAGUAAAAGCAUCCUUAAAAACAAACAAACAAACAAACAAACAAAGGGCCACCCCUGAUGACAAGAUACAUUAUUGGACAAGGAGCACAUCUGCCCCUGGCGUCGCAGAGGGCAUUUCCGCAUGUGCGGCAGUGGCCAAAAUGGCGGCCGCUCACUUUUAUGGAGGCCCAAAGGGGACAAAAAGGCUACAUUGACCCGGCUGUGGCGGUGAUGAGGGAGGCCGGCGGGGGGAGACGGAACCCUCACAGAUGCCCCCGUGGCUACAACAAACCCCUCGAAGGGGCUACAGGGGCAGAUGACGAGAGAACUUGUGUGAGGAGGCCCAUCAGCUCCAGCAGCCAUUUGGUGGCCCAGAAGUUGCUGCUGUCUCCCCUGCUGCCAGCGCAUGGGGCUGCUUCUGAGGGAACCACCCUUUUCUUUGGUGGCCCAGCUGAACCAUCAAAGAAAAGGGUGAAGCAUCCCAAAACACCAAAGAGGCAGUCCCGGGCAGAAGGCAGCAGUGAGGGGAAGCCGCCACAGGAGGGCAGACCACCAGCCCUCCUAGGAAAGAUCCCCAAAGCUGGUCUUCAUCUGGCCAAUGCACCAGGCAGGGGUGUGACUUCUGGGGUGAAAGCCUUCCCCACCUGGAAGAGGGGAGAAACCCCAGGAGGACGCUGGAGGCAACGGUGGACGCUGCCAGAAGAUCGCAACCCAUCCCCAGGAGCAACCUGACUCUGGACCUUGGGGAGGCUGGGCAGGGCUUCUUGCUACUGGGGGAGAACCAUUUCUCUGGCCUGUCCAGGGAGACGGUUCUUCCCCAGAUCUCGUCAACUGGGAAGAAAACCCUGACCCCAAUGGGGAGACCUCCGCCAAAGCCACUGCCAACUUCAUGGCAAGAUCCAUCAGCUUGGCGGAGGCCCGGACCAUUGCCAGUGCUGAUUAUCAAUGUGCUGGGGGCCCCCAAGCCAGAGCCACCCCCUUGCUUCUGGGGACGUCCAUUGUUAGUCUCCAGCAAUGUGGCCAAACCAAUGCCACCGCACUCCCUGCCGAAGCCACGCCCUUGGAAAGAACCACCAUCUGACCUUUCCCAGGGGCCGUGGUUUCAGGUGCGGGCCAUAGGGAGACCGGCCGAUUCUCCGGUGGCAACCUCUUGGAGGUGAGGCAGCAGGAGUGGAAGGCCACCAACCAAAAUGUCAUCAUAUGGGCCGCUGGAGCACUUCUGCAAAGUCUAUGCAGCAGAGCAAGCCAGGGAUUCUCUGCCCAUUGCUCUGUACCAACCAACUGGACUGCUACUUACUCUGGCUUCUGAAGACUCCCUCCUUCUG